AUGACAGGAACAAAGAAAAAAGAGGAACAUGCCAUAUGGAAGAAGAUCCACGCCUUUCGCUAUGAAGACUUCAAACUCUGGUGUGUAAGCAGGCUGCCUCUUUUGGAGUGGGCACCACACUAUUGUUGGAAAAUGGACCUGCUCCCUGAUAUAGUUUCUGGGAUGAUGUUGGCAGUUCAACAGGUGACACAAGGGCUGGCUUUUGCUAUUCUAUCAUCAGUGCAUCCAGUGUUUGGUUUAUACGGAUCACUCUUUCCUGCUGUUAUUUAUGCCAUAUUUGGGAUGGGUCGUCAUGUUGCCCCAGGAACCUUUGCUCUGACCUCCUUGAUUUCUGCAAAUGCUGUUGAGCGUCUUGUUCCUCCCAUAAACACCAAUUUCACUUCAGAAAAUACAUCUGAAGUAUUGGGCUUAUCUGAGUUUGAGAUGCAAAGGAUUGGAGUUGCUGCAGCAGUUUCACUGCUAGGAGGGCUGAUUCAAGUAGCAAUGUUUAUGCUACACUUGGGCAGUGCUACCUUCUUGCUAACAGAGCCAGUGAUAAGUGCAAUGACAACUGGGGCAGCUACACACGUUGUAACUUCGCAAGUGAAGUAUCUCCUGGGAAUGAAAAUGCCUUAUAUCUCAGGACCUCUGGGAUUCUUUUAUAUUUAUGCCUACAUUUUUGAAAACUUCAGAUCCAUUCAGUUGGAAACUGUGCUAUUGUCUAUAUCUAGUAUUGCCAUACUAGUUCUUGUUAAAGAGCUAAAUGAAAAAUUUAAGAAGAAAAUUAAAAUAGUGCUUCCUAUUGAUUUGGUUCUGGUAAUUGCUACAUCUUUCAUCUGCUAUUCUGCUGACAUGGAGCAUAGUUUUGGCCUGGAAGUUGUGGGACGUAUUCCAAAAGGUAUACCAGCACCAAGUUCUCCACCUUUGAAUAUCCUCCCUGAAGUAGUGACAGAGGCUUUUGGAGUUGCAUUAGUUGGUUAUGUGGCAUCUCUAGCUCUGGCCCAUGACUCUGCUAAAAGAUUUAAUUACUCUGUGGAUGAUAAUCAGGAGUUCUUGGCUCAUGGCCUCAGCAAUGUGAUCCCUUCAUUUUUCUUUUGCAUACCAAGUGCAGCAGCCAUGGGACGAACGGCACUUCUAUACAACACUGGAGCAAAAACACAGGUGGCUUGUCUGAUAUCUUGUAUAUUGGUGCUUGUGGUUAUCUAUACAAUAGGACCAAUGUUAUACUGGCUACCCAUGGGUGUGCUAGCAAGUAUCAUUGUGGUGGGGCUGAAGGGAAUGCUGAUGCAGUUCCGAGAUUUAAAAAAAUACUGGAGUGUGGAUAAAAUUGAAUGGACUAUAUGGGUCAGCACUUAUGUGUUUACAGUUUGCUUUGCUGCUAAUGUAGGGUUAUUGUAUGGUGUUGUCUGCACAAUACUUAUAGUGGUUUUCCGUUUUUCAAGAGCAACAACACUCAGCUUGAAGCACAUGAAUGAAACAGAAUGCAGAUUCAAAACAGAAGUAGACUUUGAAUCUUCACAACCAGUGAAAAUAGUGUCAGUCAAUAACCCAUUAGUCUUUCUGAAUGCUAAGAAGUUUUACGCCAAUAUAUUAGAAAUAAUCCAUAAGGAGUGGACAUGUCCACAGCAGCUGUCGGAAGAUAUGACCAAGCAUGAACAGAACAUACUACUCACUUCAUUAUCCAAUGGAAACUGCCAUGAAGGGAAUAUGGAUCUAAGAAGUUCAUCCUUACAGCAACAUCCAACUGAAAGGCAAAAUCUAAUAUUUGAUUGCAGUGGCUUGACUUUCUUUGACUACACUGGUAUCUCUGUACUUAUUCAGAUUUAUAUGGAUGCUCAAAAAAAUAAUGUAAAUGUUUUUCUGGCAAAUUGCAAAGUCUCUUUGAAAAAGGCAUUGAAUCUCAACGGAAAGCUAGAAUUAGAAAAUGCUGUCUUCCAUGAGUCAGUUUCUUCGGCUGUUUCUGCCAUCCAAUUUAGCAGGAACUUUUGCAAGUUUAAUGAAUGUACUGAGAUUUGAUGCCAAUCUGAUUGCAGUCUGUCUAUCAAACUGCUCACUUACAGAAGGAAUGGUGCCAAAGAAUUUCUUCAGAUGUUUAAACAUGGGAUUUUGUUGGUGAUAAUUGCUAAGUAUAUUUAACAAACCAACAGCAGCCGUGUUUUCUGCCUAUAUUUCCUGAAGGUUUUUCUCUGAAUUAAGUUCAGUGGCAGGGUUUAUUUUUAUAAACUUAGAUUCUUCUUCAAUGAUCACAUAUUUUUCUAUGCAUGAAGAGUUAAGAAAUAGAAAGCAAUUUAAGAUACUACUGUGAUGUAUGCUGUUUUAACUGUCUUAUUACAAUUUAAAAGUAUAAGUUUGUGCAGAAAAGAAUGCAACCUCAUUGAAUUUUGUAGUGCAAUGUAUCUAAUCCAAAAUAUGUCAUUUUUUACGUGCAAUUGCAAACUG